UUUUGUAUAUAUAAGCAAAGCAUUUUUUCCACAUUCGUCUUCUACUUCUUUCCAGAUUCGGAAGAAAAACGACGCUCCCUUACAGAUUCAAUACUUGUUCGUUUACGACCGCUCAACUCUGCGCCAAUGAAGGAUGGCGACACUUUACCUUUAAGCAGUUCUUCCGUCGCGGCGACGACGGCGGUUUCAGCGAACGCGAAGAAGGAAAGCGGUUAUUCCGCCCUCUUUGCGAAAGGCCGGUACAAGUUUUGGGCCCUUGCCGCGAUUCUGCUGCUCGCCUUGUGGUCAAUGCUUACUGGGACCGUGAAUCUCCGGUGGUCAGCCGGGAACAUAAACCAUUUCACCGACGAUCUGGUCUUUCCGAUCCACGAGGAUCUCGAUGUUCUUGAAAUGGAAGAGAGGGAGAAAGUGGUGAAGCACAUGUGGGAUGUGUAUAACAAUGGCCGCCGUAUCAGAUUACCGAGGUUUUGGCAGGAGGCCUUCGAGGCUGCUUACGAGGAGCUUACGAGUGAUGUACCUGGUGUGGUUGAAGCUGCCAUUUCCGAGAUCGCGAGGAUGUCUAUUCGCUCCGUUGUCAUAGAUCCGCCUCCGGUGCAUUCCACGAACGUACGGGAAUUGACAAAGACUCUGAAACUUGCGGACAGAGGAAGAACGACCCAAAUAUCCAAACGAAGCAGCCGUCGUUUGAAAUAGCUAUGGAGCUUCUUAACUUUUGAUUCGCCGGAGCUUUAUCAAAGGUAGUGUAGUCGCCGGCCGGCGUGGCAAUGGCAUAACCAUACAUAUACUUCAUGUCAGAAAGAUCGAUCCCAUCCCCCCUCAAAUAUAUGUCCAUGAUUAGUGUUAUUUUUUCCAAUAGGAGGGGCAUGAUUCAUUCGCUAUCAUCUCUGAAACACAAAAUUUUUGAGCAACUUUCUAGUCUACUGGCUAGUAGUAUUAUUUGAAUGUUAGUAAUGUUUUUUUUUGGGAUUUUAAACUUCAUCUUUCCGCUCUUAAAUUUGCCAAAUUCCCAAAUCCAUCAAAUUCCCAAAAACUUCAGCUAUCUUGUUGAUAAAGUUAACAAGUUCUAAAAUCCAACAUAAUCUGUAACAUUCCAUAAUUGCGAAAUAGCAAAAAAAAAAGAAAAAUCACC